GGUAGCUGUGACAUCAGGUGUUAUCGACACAUUAAAGACGUUCCUCUCGUCAACUUCGUGCAUAUCACCGGUGCACUUUGCCGAGGACACGUACCGUCUGCUGUUGAUCCGGAACCCGAGAUAAAUUUAAACGGCACUUCUGUUCUUUCCAACAAAACGGAGAAUGAAGAAAGCAGUCUGUAUACUUGUGAUGACCUGCUUAACUGGUGUCAUAACAAACCCUGUACAGCGGCAACACCCCAGCGACACUUCGCGACAGCAGCAUCCAUUUUUCCGAACCUCACCGGCAGAGAAGAAACUGGCACAUCGACAGAUCACACUUGAUAGCAAGAUGGGAAAGAUGACUGACGUGAACAAUAACCAACCAAAAACUAUCUAUCAAAGCAACUCAUACACUUUUAUAGAACAACAAAACACACCCAGCACCAAACUUCCAGCCGGGCAGACACCGAGCAGUAGGUCACAAGUCACCGUAAAUAAGAGACCUACCAGGGGAGAGGAGCCGCUGAUAAACCACGGCAGCACACUAAGAAUGGCACUGGAAGCCAAGAAACUUACCAACCAAGACUCUUGGUUACAAGAUCCUUCAGACAAAAAUAAUACUUGUCUUUUUCCUUGUCCUAAUGCUGAGAGUUUCUAUCCCUGCGUCUGUGACUCUUGCAACAAGAGUAUCAACUGCUCAGCUCUCUCCAACCUUACACAACUCCGUCAGCUAUUCCAUAAUGUCAGCUUCCCAGCCACAAAGUUCACCAAGUUCCUCCUCUCUCCUGCACCAAGGGUCUGUAAUUCUAGGGGAACCAUUUUCCUGGACAAUACGUUUGGGAAGGUCACCUUUCAAGAUAUCCUGGUAGAGUUUACAGAUGUGGAGAAAGUCAUGCCCCAUGCUUUUAACGGCAGUGAAGACACCCUUAAAACAUUAACUUUCAGGUGGAAUAACAAUCUCCGAGACUUCCCAUUUACUCAGCUAACUAACUUCCUGCACCUUAAGACAUUAGAGGUGUCUGGCGGGAGACUACAAACAGUUCCUGCAAUGAGUGUGGUCCCCAGCCUGACCAACAUCUACCUCAACCAAAACCAAAUUUCAACAAUUCCACGGAUGGCAUUUGCAGAUUUACCAAGCCUGGAGGUUCUGGAUUUAGGCUACAAUAAACUUGAAGAAAUUGGGGAAAACCAAUUGCAUUUCUCCUCGGUGGAUGUAGUCCCAUUCCUUGACGACAACAACAUAAGCUUCAUUCACGAGAGAGCCUUCAGUUUUCACCAGCCUAGUUCUCUGGAUGUAUCAGAUAACAGCCUUCCUGCUCUCAACCAGAAAGUCUUCCAGCCCAUCCUGGAUCUCAUCAUUGUCAGCCAGGAUAACAGGAGGUACAUUGAUGCUGAAGGCAACCCUCUCCGCUGCAAUGACAUCGAGUGGCUCCUCAAUAAUCCACGGGACCUCUUCUACACCUUCCUGCCUGACCCUUACUGCAUCCCAUAGCGACCACCCAAGACCUAUUUAUUUUAAUUCAACAAAUCCUCAACUUCAGCUUCGACACUUACUCCAUUCAUUAAUAAAAAACGGCAGUAUGCAUAAUUUGUUAAUCAAAUUCAUGUCGCUUUUGUUAAAGUUAAAAACAGCAAAUAAUUGUUUUUCUUUAAAGAUUAAAAAAAGACAAUCUUACUCUCACACUAAAACCACAGUAAUGUUCUCAAAAGUUUGUCACCAUGUUUAUACACAGUAGGCAUAGGCAUCAGUGCAGAACUAAGACCAUACAGUUUAAGUGAACUUAAUGUUUAAACCUACAGUGUAUAUAACUUUUAACCAAUAGAUAAUACAUAGAAUUAAUUAAGGUAAUGUGUGUUACAUAAUCCACACGUUGAGAACACCUCUGAUGGGAUACACUAAUUACGUAAAUUACAUAAACAAUACUCUACACCGACUUUUGAAGCUAUGUAAUGAGGCAAUGGCACAAUAAUCCUUAAACUACCGUACAUAUGUUACGUUGGAUUAUGCCUUCAGCAGGAUACAGAUUUAAGUACAGCCUCGGACAUGUUUUAAGUGGAUCAAGGGAGAGCGAACAUCAAGAAGAGACAAGACAACAAUGUAAAAUGAAACGGGAAGAAUUGAAAAAAAAAAACAUGACACAGAGCUGCUCAUAUCCUUAAUUUAUAAACAAAUUAAUCUAACAGUGCACAAACAGAUGCACAGAAAUUGAUUGUUAAUUUAUAGGUGCAUUUCAAUGUUAAUCUUGCCAAUAAAAUGAACUGGCAGAAUUUUUGACUAUGUGACUGUUCUCCUGAGUUGGCCAGAGAACAACUUCAUUUAUAAUCUCACUAAAGGUAGAUUCAUUUGAUUUCUGUUAUACUUAAGGAAGACAAUAGGGCACACCUCCUGGCAACAUGAUGAAGGUGACGCCGACAUGUUAUGAUGAUAGCACUGUUACAGGGAAUUAUCAGAGAAUGUGGCAUGGAAAAAGUCAAUUAUGCAUUUUGGAUACAUUCACUGAUUUCACAUGUACAAAAAUAAUAGCUUUAAUUUUGAGAUAUUAAAAAAAAUAUAUAUUACAAACAAAACUUUUUAUCUUCUCCCCUGUACAGCAAUUGCCUAUUUAGUGGUGAAAACAAUGAUCUCAAAAUGUAAUACUGUACAUUUCAUUGGACACUGUGACCUUGACCUAUAUAGAUAUCUUAUAAUCAACACGUAACUGGCCAGUGUGUAAACAAACCUGUGUCCUAUGUUUUAAAGACAGACAGGCAGACAACACAGGUAGAGAACUUAUCCCACGAAAAGGAUGCAACAAUGAUACUAGACACCGAUACUUCCUUGAAAGAUGUUGAACAAGUUCACUAAGUUUGGUUUGUGAAUCAUCUUCUGUGAACAACAUAUCGCAGGGUAAAAUGUGAUAUCACAUGAAGAUUAGCUCCCCACUUUAAUUCACCAGAUAGUUAAACACCAU